AUGUUUCGUGUAACCAGUGCUAAGGCUGAAUCUCACACUGCUGACCUCGAUACUCCGAAGAAGCAUUUCUCAAUUACUGACCAGGAUAAUCAUGCAAAGGUUGCUCAACAAAUUGCACUUCCACAAUCUGUUGAGUCUGAAACACCCCAGGUCGUUGUUCAUUCAGAAACAUCUAAGAAAGAAGAUAACUACGAAAAUUUACUCGCUGCCUCUGGAACUCCUGGACGUGUUGUGCAAGCAUUCACAUUGCUACAUGAGAACCCUGAAGCUCAGGAUGUUGUUGCCUCACUUGCUUCUGAUAAGAAUGUUUGGGAUGCUGUGAUGAAGAACGAGAAGGUUUUGAAGUUCUAUAAGACAUAUGAGUCGAAGCUCAGCCAGUGCUCUAGUGCAGCUUCAAGCGUUUCUGGGGAUGAGGCGGAGGAUGGUGAUGCAGCUAGCGUGCAAAGCACUGACCUCCGUCCAAGCACUGGCGAAUCGGUCAAGGAUUACUUGGAGAAAAUUAGGGCACUGGUGUUCGAGAUGGUGACCAAUCUGUCAAACAUGAUGCAAGAUCUCGUCGCAACCUCGGACGAGGGCCGCUGCAAGGGGAAGAUCAAGACUCUGAUCAUGAGCACCAGCAAAGAUUUUCCGAGCGCGCCAUCAGUCUUUGUGCUCUUGGCCAUUGCGUCCAUCAUGGUAGUUUUGCUUAAGCGUGCUUAG